AUGGAUUUGGGCGGUGAUAUCCAGAAUGAUACAGCAAGCGAAGACGUCUUAAUGUCAGAUGCUAUUCCACAGAUCAACGAUGAGUUUGAUCCUUCGGAGGCCUACAUUACCCCGAAGUGGUUCACGGAACACAGCUCUGGAUGGUCCCUUAGCCACUCAAAGACAUCGCGGGAGCGCUUACGGGGCCGAUCCGCAGUCGAUGGCAAUGUGAUUUCACCAAAGUCAGAUUACUCCUGCCGUUCAGAUAUGACAAGCUCACCCAAUCGUGACCUCACUUUCGACGUUCACAACUCCCCUGCAACAACAAGCUACAACCCCUCUGCAACAACAAGCUUACCCAUUCUUGAUUCUGUUUUCAACGUUGACAACUCCUCCGCAACGAGAAGCUUACCUAUUUUUGAUUCUGUUCUCAACGUUGACAACUCCUCUACAUCGAGAAGCUUACCUAUUUUUGAUUCUGUUCUCAACGUUGACAACUCCUCUACAACAAGAAGCUUACCUAUUCUUGAUUCUGUUCUCGACGUUGACAACUCCUUUGCGUUCUCCGCUGUACCCAGUGGAACUCGAGUUCAGAAAUCACCCGCGACCUUUCAGUGCACCUUAUGCCCCAAGCGAUACACAAGGGCCUUCCAUCUACGCACGCACUUGGCAAAAAAACACACAGAUAAGAGGCCAUUCGUUUGCACCGUCUGUGGUAAAGGAUUUGCAAGAUAUAAUGACGUGAAACGGCAUGAAAGGCAUGAAAGGCUCCACAGUGAGAAAAAGAAAUUUGUCUGCAAGGGUACGCUGAAGGAGGAGGGUUGGAGCUGGGGCUGCGGACGGAGAUUUGCCAGGGCUGAGGUCCUUGGGCGUCAUUUCCGUACCGAAGCUGGCCGAAACUGCAUAAAACCCCUUUUAGAGAAAGAGACAGAAGAGGGAAGACUGCCUGAAGCACCACCUAGCGGGUACUUACCAGCGGCUCUACUGGCACAAUAUCCAGCCCUUGCAGUUUCUGAUUCGAGCUCCGCUGGCAUCUACGACAACAAUCUGGGGUCGGGUCACGACAGCCCUGUUUCGUUCGAUCCUAUGUACUCGGAGGGCCACACACCUGGUGAAAGGACAGGAAAUCCUAUUAACACCUGUACCAAUAACAACGCCCAAGACGAGAACAAAAAAUACCCGGAGCCCGAUAUUCAGGUACCAGCUGAGCUACCCUUGUUAAAUGCAUAUAUGGUUGUGAUCGACACUUUCGCUCAAAAAAUUCUCCCGCCACACUUUCUGACGACCCCGAGCACUCGGUAUACGGCGGACUGGUCAAGCCCAUCCGUGCCCUAUCCGCCUGAGUCUGCCAUUGCUGAUCGCACGGUUAAUCCUCAAUCAGAAAAGGUAGUUAUGUCUCCAGCAUCACAUAUUAUCGAGAAGACAACACCCUUACAGCAAGGACGUCUGUUCGGACAACUAGAGCAGAAAAUCGAGAACACCAAAGCAGGGAGCAAGAAGAGCGCAUCUGACACCAAUAGUCUACAUGGCGAUAGCCGCUUAGUAGACAAUAAAGUAGCCUUCAACAAGUUAGUGCCCUCUGAUUCAGGAUACCAUACUGGCCUUGGCACGGAUACGGAAUCAGUGUGCUCACUGGGAUCUGUGGGCACCUCCCUUGGCCUGCCUCAAGACUUCUUGCAAGAGUUUAUUGCGUUCUUUGGAGACACGCUGAUUGAUAAAGCCGGUGCCCGUGCCUGGGCAGGAUAUGCUUUGGCUCAACAUGCGCCGGAGGUCGUUGAGCAUCGUCUCGAUGGCAUGUUGAAGGAUUACGCAGCUGACCUGUUGUCAAUUUCGCAGGAAGUGAAAAUGGAGCACAAGCAGCCACACCAAACCGUUGCGACUGAUCGUCGCAUUGCUUCGGGUGCUACUAAGCUCAUUCGCAGAUAUCGACCCAAGAUCGCGCGGUACUUUCGUGAUCAUGCGGUUUCAACGCCAUCAAACUCCAAAUCGAUGGCAGAGCGGCUGCAAGGGUUAGGCAAGCAGCUUUCACUCACGGAAAAGCUUGGCCUAUUUGAGAAGGUAGCGUCGUCAGGCCGAACGGAUGCGGAUAAUGCUCUGGACGACGAGUGCGAUGACGGUGACGAAGGCGAGUAUAUGGCAGACAUUGCGCCGAUUAGAGAUUUUCUUGUGUCAGGCAAGGCGUUCCAGGAUUUAGCAACCGCUAUGCGCCGAAGCCUCUACUGUGAUGACCGAACAAGUAUAGAUCGGAUCGCACAUCAAAUAUUGGAAAGGCUGUCUGAGGCUGAAUCAGCUCCCUGUCCGAGGUGUUCAGGCCCACAGGACGACAGCAAGGGAUGCAGCGAUCACCGACCCAUCUACAGCGUCCGUUUCCAGGUCUCAUGGGACCCUCAAGGGUUUUUGCAGUCUCAAUUUGGGAAUCGCGCACCUCGAAUAGGCUCCCUGGUGGCUCUAACUGGGUCUGCUUUGUAUGCUCAAGCAACAACUUGCUCGGAAUAUCUUCAGACCAAUUGGCCACGCAGCGGUUCAUUCGUUCUCUCAACAUUACAAAAAAUUAUCGACCCAGGCAAAGGAAUGGGUAGUAAGGAGCACAGAGAUUAUACAGGUUCUCUUGACGGCUUGGACCUCCGUAUGGCAUUUCGCAGUCUGGCUGCAGGUAACGAGGCUUCAAAAAGGAAUUUGUUUGUUGAUGCUCGUGGAGCCGCGGAAAUGCUCGUGGAGUUAGCGCAACAGCUCGCCUGGAUUGGAGCAGUAUUGAGGCCCUCACCAUACGACGAGAAGCUGGCGUAUUGCAAAGCAGCGAUUCAAAGCAGUGGAUCAAUCAUCCCAUGUUUCGCCAUAACUUUCCAGUGCGAACGAUUGCAUCCCACUGAGAAUCCUUGCUGGCUCCCACUCUUUUGCGGAGCAUCCAUCGCGCGCGAUUUCCCGAUACCAGACCGCCAAGAGGAGAUGGGUCUGGAGAUACCGUUAGAAAUCAUGAUGGGGAUAGCAGGUGUUCGACACGUGGUUGAAUAUGAAGGUGGGGUGGUCAUGAAGGGGUUUUCCAUCAUGUUCGUCCCAAUGAGACGGAGUGGCAACCGGGUCCAGUGGCACCUUAUAUCCAGUCCUAAUUGUGACACACGUCUCUCUUAUCGAGAUGUCCUUGAUCGUUGUCAGGAUCGCGCCUCUCUCAAUGAAGUCGAUCUCGGCAGUCUCCGUACCACUCGUGCUAUCGUCGGCUGGUGUAGCGCUGCGAGCUCGCUCCUAGGUUCUGAUACAGCCAACUAUGGGAACAUUGACUAUUCAGGAGCUAACGACGCCGAUACUCCACUCAAGCUUGCGGGAGGAGUGCUUGGUUUUCAGCAUCUUGGAGUUGCGCAAUUCGACUUCACACUUGGCCCGAAAGACGGCAAGUGCCAUUUCCAACGGAGUGGUCCUUACCAAAGGAUUAUAUCUGCUGCCGAGAAGACCCCUGUCGUUCUCUAUGAUACGGCAGAGAAGCGAGCGUGGCUUGUCCCGGCUUCCGGCGUUAUGCUUCACAUGGCGCAUCACCGUAACAGGCUAGAGCUUUUCGAAACGAAUGGCAAGCGGGUUAAGCUUCUUGCAACUGGCCCAGCCGGGCCAUCAGCGAAAGAAAUCCUCUUGAAAUGCGCAUCCAUGGAUCUUUCCAACUGCGGGGAGUACACAUUCAAGGACAUGGUCAUCAACAUCUGGUCACAGCUCGAGUUUCUCAUCGAUCAGAAUGUGCGAAGAGAUCGAACACCAGGCACUGCGGUUACCGGGAAGCUGCGAGACGUCAUUCAUGGAUUUGAAUUCAAGGCUGUUGUUGAAGAACGCUCACCCUUUCGACGGAAGCAAAAAACAAUUGGCAAAACGAACGGAGGGUGGCCAGCCCUCGUCCGGGAUAUCGACGCGCUAGUGCUUUUUGCGAAUGGAUACGAAGAUAUCAUACGACCACAGACAAAUAACAAUAACCAGAGCCUGUGUAGUCUCUGGAGAACCGUGCCGAAAUGGAAAGACUACCUUGCAGCAAGUGUCAAGACCUUGAAAGACCUCUAUGAUGUCGCUGGCUGUCGGUUGGAUCAGACAUAUCUGACUUCAACACACUUGCAGUGGCAUCGUGGCAAUUCCAGCCUCUUCGAGCCUUGCCAAACACCCGAGGCCUACCGGUGCCAGUGCAUCCGCCUUCAACAAAUUGUCCCAAAAUCAGCUAUCGGCCGUGUUGUUCCGCCAGGCCUGCUAGUCGAUGACGCUGCCGUUAUUUUUGGUCAAUCUACAUCUCCACUGCGCGACUUGAUAGCGGCUCCACAAAAACCAAAACCAAACGGCAUCUACGGUCAGCAGAACGUGCGCCUUCUUACCCCGCCCACCCUGUACCAGGAUCACGAUGAUGUGCCCUCCUCUGUCAAUUCUGAAAGCGAACCUUCGGCUCGAAGUGGCUCCGACGUCACCAGCUCAACACCAACGAGUUACACCUCUUUUAUCUCUCAAGGAAGUAUAGCAGCAAAUAUGAAUGAUCUCAAAUCCGACCCAGAACACACACACCAAGCACGAAAAAACGAUCAAAAGCUCCUUGUGAGUCUCGAACUAGAGAUAGUCAGGAUUAUAUUGUGGAAGAUCCCCGGCGCAGUGAACAACACGAUCUUGCUAUCUGCCACAAGGACGCAUUUCCUGAACUCGGUGACGCCACUGAUCAGGAUGGUGCCUCCCCGCAAGAAUCAGAAACAGAAUCACGUCCCCAUUGGUGGAAACUCGGGCGGAAGAGAUGAAGCAAGCUGCUACGGGCCCAAGAAGAGUGUCUACAUGGAUUCCGUCCCAUGGCCUGCAGACAAUCGAGAAAGCCGGUAG